GUCGCCACGAUAUCGGCCAACGGAGAUCAGGAAAUUGGCAAUAUCAUCUCCGAUGCCAUGAAGAAAGUUGGACGGAAGGGUGUGAUCACUGUCAAGGACGGAAAAACUCUAAAUGACGAAUUGGAAAUCAUUGAGGGUAUGAAAUUUGACAGAGGUUACAUCUCUCCGUAUUUUAUUAAUACGACCAAAGGGCAAAAAUGUGAAUUCCAAGACGCCUAUGUUUUAAUCAGUGAAAAGAAGAUUUCUAGUGUACAGUCCAUAGUUCCAGCUCUUGAAAUUGCCAAUGCUCACCGCAAACCUUUGGUCAUCAUUGCUGAAGAUGUUGAUGGAGAAGCCCUCAGCACUCUAGUCUUGAACAGGCUGAAGGUUGGUCUUCAGGUUGUUGCUGUAAAAGCACCAGGUUUUGGUGACAACAGGAAAAACCAGCUUAAGGAUAUGGCGAUUGCUACUGGCGGUGCUGUGUUUGGAGAAGAGGGUUUGACCUUAAAUGUAGAAGAUAUUCAGCCUCAUGACUUCGGUAAAGUUGGAGAGGUCAUUGUGACAAAAGAUGACACCAUGCUUCUGAAGGGGAAGGGUGAGAAGGCUCAGAUUGAAAAAAGGAUUCAAGAGAUUAUUGAACAGCUGGAAGUUACCACGAGCGAGUAUGAAAAAGAGAAAUUGAAUGAGCGGUUGGCCAAGCUCUCUGACGGGGUGGCAGUGCUGAAGGUUGGUGGCACAAGUGACGUUGAAGUGAACGAGAAGAAGGACAGAGUCACUGACGCCCUGAAUGCGACCCGUGCUGCCGUAGAGGAGGGCAUCGUUCCGGGCGGUGGCUGCGCAUUGCUUCGCUGCAUUCCAGCAUUAGAUGCCUUAACUCCAGCCAACGAAGAUCAGAAAAUCGGCAUUGAAAUAAUAAAGAGAACACUGAAAAUCCCAGCGAUGACUAUUGCAAAGAAUGCAGGUGUUGAAGGGUCAUUAAUAGUUGAAAAAAUCCUGCAGAGUCCGUCAGAAGUUGGCUAUGACGCAAUGCUCGGGGACUUCGUAAAUAUGGUAGAAAAAGGAAUCAUAGACCCAACCAAGGUUGUGAGAACUGCUCUGAUGGACGCUGCAGGUGUUGCGUCUCUCUUGUCAACAGCGGAAGCAGUGGUGACUGAAAUUCCUAAAGAAGAGAAGGAGUCGGCCAUGGGAGGGAUGGGUGGGAUGGGUGGAGGAAUGGGAGGUGGCAUGUUCUAAUCCUGGGAAUGGGCUGCAUCAUGAGCUGUACUAUUCGAGACUGACAGUUCUGACUUCAACAACUUCAGGUGUCAGUGCGCGAGGGUGGAUAGUGACUGAAGUGAGCCUGGUGUUUAAAAGAAUCACUGUAACCAUCAGUUACCGGAUUUCAUUUAACACACGUGUAAUUGUUUACAGUCAUUGUCCAUGCCUACAGAUAAUUUAUUUUGUAUUUUUGAAUAAAGACAUUUGUACAUUCCUGAUAACUGGGUGCAAGAUCCAUCUACCAAGGUCCCAAUUUAAACUUAAUUAAGGCACUUGAUAUUCUGUUUCAGAAUUUAUUGGUGCUUGCCAGGACUAGGAAGAACGUGGAAGCCCCUGUGCGCGAGACUAACAGUUGUGUACCAAGUAGGCAAAUAGACAGUUCUGUGACCUUUCUGUAAUAAAACAGACUGCUCAAAAGUUACAGAAUGUAUCACCUUUUUCAUCUGCACGCAAAGCCGUAGUCACGGGAGAGCUGUGACAGCCUGCUGCUGCUGCAGAGCUCAACCAGGAGUCUGACACCUGGGCUGGGGAAUGCCGGGGCACUUCCCUCCAGGAAACAUUCCUUUGUCUAGAAUGUUUCCCAUAAAAAAAAGUGACUUCAAUUUUGCUAAGAAGUAUCAAAGCUGGACUGACACUAGAGUUCUUCAAAAUAUUAAACAAUGCUGUGAAAA